AUUGUGUAAGUAUAAGCUUCUCCUUCCCGAGACAUUCGCAAAUCAUUGUACCUGGAUUUCCCUUUCAGCGUGCCGACACUCGAAUUUUCGUACCAAACCUUUGACCAACAUCCGCUGCCGCGAAAACUGGCCUCGAACUUCCCUUCAUUAGCUAGAAUCGCUUGCUCGGAUACUGGAGCCGUUGACUGACAUAGCUAAAAUACCUACAAAACAGUCAGCCUAAUCAGAAGUGGUGCUAAACAUGGCAUCACCCGCUCGGCUUGCCGAGCCUGGAUCACGGCCGGUGUCAAUCUUACGGUCAUCGGCUUUCCCGACAUCUCCCUCGCACCAGGACGCCUCCAGCACUUCAAGUAGAGACCGGUACUAUGCCGAGAACUCUCAGAAUCCGCUUCCUGAGAUUGCUACUGCCGAAGUCUCCCAGAACCCGCCUCCCCAGUCCAUCGCUAUUGACGAAUCCAAUCAAGAAUCCGCGCCCACCACCUUUCCGUUUCGUGAGACCGAGCAUAAAGAAGCCGAUGCAAUGGAGGACGAUUCUGACGGCCCAUGGUACCAACAGAUCUAUGACAGGAUCUCCAGAACCGGCUGGCUUAUCAUUGUCCUUUCUGGUCUUGGUAUCAUGGCUGUUAUCUUGGGAAUUCUAGGAGGAAAGGGCAUCCUCUCCGGGUCUGGGAGCUCUAGUGCAGAUAGACCUAGUUCUGCAAGCCCUACAACCGAGUUUUCAUCACCUAGCACCUCAACAACAAGCUCUGCUAGUCCAUCUUCCACGGCAAUAAUACGAGCGGACUGCAAAAACGAAUCCAACUUCAUAGCAGACGCUACCUGGAUCGGCACGGAAUCGGGGCCGUACGCGAACGAGUUCGUUCAAGCCAAGUCGGCGGUGGCCUGCUGUGACGCCUGCGCCGACUCGCCCGGCUGCGCGGGGUGGCUAUACGUUGCCUCGUCCAUGUUUACUCCGUGCACCAAGAUCGUCGUCAGCUCCAGCCCCGGCGGGGAAAAGGACAACAUGUGUCCAAACGGCCACACGCCUGGGACAAUCUUCGUGGUGGAGAAGGGGAAAGAUGAUAAAGGAAUCGCUGGGCUGGGACCGUGCAGCGGCAGGGCACUUGUCAAACCCAAGUAGCGUUGAGUUGGUAACGUCCAGGGUGACAUGUCCGCGGGGCUUCCGGUCCGACAACCUGGUGGUCGAUAGAGCAUAAGAGGCGCAUUCUAAGACUGGCUUAAUCCUCAAGAUUCCAAGCGUUUGCUUCUGACCCCAUGGCAGGAAACCGUAUCUUACGGGAUAUGUGGGAUUGUUCUAGAAGUGGUGUCUUUACAGGCGGCUCAACAUGGAUUGUGGGAGACAUUGUUCACUAGAUACCCCUUCAUUUGAUACACUCGUCACGUUGCGGUGACAAUGGCAUUCUCUGCUCU